AUGGAGUGCCGUAGUAUUCCUAUUGACCAUCGACUACGGCACUUAAUCCGGAAUGCUAGGCCUACUUAUACGAAUGUAGGGGAUUCUGAACACGUUGAAAUCCUAAGAAUUUGGAGCUUCGCUCAAAGUAGAGGACUUAAGAUAGCGCGGCCGGUGUCAAAAGAUGGUUUGGUAAUACUCUUACUACGAUCUCAUUCGACACAAGAUAAUUCACAUGGUUUUUUAGCAGGCAAGCGGCAAUUUCGCACCACCAAUACCAUAUCUGAGUUGAUUUGUGCUGUGAGCAAUGCCAGAAAAGGGGUUAAUGAUAUUAGUGUGUUUGAUGCAAUACCCUUCUUAGAUAGGCAUGUCGCAGAGGAAGACAUAAUCCAAAAGGCAGAGUAUGUGUUCACCAAAAUGCUCAGAGCGAAACAGCCAGAUAUAGUUAUAUCCUACUUCAAAUCAGAUAUAAGCAACGUGAUUACACCAAAAUUUAGCUGUCGGAGUUUGGGGUCUUCCUUUGAAUUUGACCCGCAAGGCUCAGACUAG